CACUAGUCAUCCUUGCCAGUAUGUUUACAUUUCCCUUGCCUGCGGUCUCUUUAUCAAGCAAUGGGUUUGUUCUGCAUCUAGUAUAAAGUCAGUGAGUGGGGGUUUCACACACACACGUCCUGCACACAUGCAGCAUGCUCAGAAUGACACGGACAAGUACAGUAUUGAGCAUUCUCAUCUUGUUUCUUCAUACCACUUUUGGGGAAAGUGGUUACACCUCAGCAGAUGGUGAUGGGACCUUCGGAGAUGAUGAACCUGACAAUUUUGAUAUUGACUGUUUCAGCCAGCUGGAAUUUAAGGAUUCCUAUAGCAGCUUGACCUGCAAUUUUACAGAGCUGCCUCCUCACAACACUAACUAUACCCUGGCUAUGUGUACCAAGGAAGACAGCAGUUACCCGUGUUUCAAUAUGGAGAAGCAAGAUGAUGUUUAUUUUUUACAAUUCACCGACAUACUCUCAAAUAAAGACAUUUGUGUGGAAUAUGAGAUAAAGAGAAGGGUCUGCAGGAGUCUGAUUGUAACUGACAUUGUCAAGCCUGAGGUACCGUUUGACAUAAACAUAACGUACCAAAAGGAGGCAAAUGAAUAUCUUGUUCAUUAUAGUACACCACACUCACGGAAGAAAUAUUUAAAGGACAAAUUAAUACACCAGAUAGCCUAUCGGCAGGAAGAAAGCACUUGGAAGACCAUAGAAUCACCAUACCUUCAGAUAAAGUUACUCGGAAAAAACCUCGAAACAGAUGCAUUGUAUGAAGUGAAAGUACGUUCUCAGCCCAAUGGAGAUUACUUUAAGGGCAUGUGGAGUGAGUGGAGCACUUCGAAGAGCUUCAGGACCACAGGAAAGCACUCUACAGACAACUAUAGCAGCAUGUUCAUGAUUAUACUCUCCAUCCCAGGAUUCAUUCUGUCAGUUGUCAUGAUUGUUCUGAUCCUAAUGUUUUGGGAAAGCAGGAUCAAGCCUGUUGUGUGGCCAAACCUUCCUGAUCAUAAAAUAACUCUGGAGCGACUGUGUAAGAAGCCAAAAAAUAAUUUUGAUAUAAGCUUUAACCCAGAGAGUUUUGGUUAUGUUUUUAUCCAUGAAGUGGAUGGCAUUCAAGCAAAAGUCGAACAGGAAAAUUUUCUGCAGCCACCAUCUACUCCUGAGACAGAUAUUCCAUCAAAGUUUAGGAGUGGAUCAGACCUGAAGCGAAACCCUGCAAGGACUGACAAAAGUAGCCCGAACCUGUCUAUGAAUUAUGGAGGUAUCUGGUCUGCAGAGGCUCUUCAUGGACUCCUUGGUAGCAGCCAGUCUACAGACACUGCUGACAUCUGCAGCUCUGGCAUGUAUGAGCUGUGCCACAGCAGCAGGGUGCCUCUGUGUGAUAAUAGUUUUCACCUUCCUUCUGCUCCUCCCAUGGAUCCUCCACAACAACCUGGACCAGAGCCCCAGAAUGGCAACAUGGUACCACUUAAGACUGAAUUGAAGUCACCAAGUGAUGAAGAAGCCUAUGUCACCAUGUCUAGCUUUUACAAAAAUCAGUAGGCCUUGCAGAUAUCACGAAACACUGCCUUUUCCCUAGAACAAGCAGGAAACUGUAGCUCUCUAUUUUGUUAUCCUGUGUUCCGUCUCAUCUAGUUCCCAUCUCCAUCACACCCUGCUCACAGUGCAAUCUGUAUGAAGAUGUGUGGAUUCUUCUGCCUUUCAGUGAGUGGCCCAACUUCUGCCCUCUGUGUUCCAGCAGCAAUCUCCACUGCAGGAAAAAUGUAAUUUAAUUUAAAUGGCCUUCAGAUCUGAUUAAUCCAGAGCAAUGACACUGUACUCCUGGACAAGGAUAACAGCACAUCUAAAAGAGGUGAAGCCUUCUGUUAAGAUCUUAUUAAUGCCUAAACAAGAAAUAUGGCAACAAGUUCAAGUGAAACAGAAUCUGAUCCUUCUCACACUAGA